GCAGCAUGACCCGGAAGUGAUUUCUGAAGUGCCGGCCGCGUGGAUUUGUGCCUUGCGUGCUGGAUUGCCACAGUCGCUGCCAUGACCAAAAUAAAGGCAGAUCCAGACGGGCCGGAGGCUCAGGCGGACGCGUGCUGCGCGGAGCGCACUUACCAUGAACUGCUAGUGAAUCUGAACCCCAUCGCGCAGCCUCUGGCGUCUCGCCGCCUCACGCGGAAGCUCUACAAAUGCAUCAAGAAAGCCGUGAAGCAGAAGCAGAUUCGGCGCGGGGUGAAGGAGGUUCAGAAAUUUAUCAACAAAGGCGAGAAAGGGAUUAUGGUUUUGGCAGGAGACACGUUACCCAUUGAGGUAUACUGCCAUCUCCCAGUUAUGUGUGAAGAUCGGAAUUUGCCAUAUGUCUAUAUCCCCUCUAAGACGGACCUGGGUGCAGCCGCUGGCUCUAAGCGCCCCACCUGCGUGAUAAUGGUCAAGCCCCACGAGGAAUACCAGGAGGCCUAUGACGAGUGCCUGGAGGAGGUGCAAGCCCUGCCCCCACCCAUGUGAAGGACUUAGGCACAACCUGGGCACCUGCUCCAAAAACAGUUGGCUUGGUGGCGGGCCAGUUGGCUGCCCUCCUGCUGCCCACAUUCAGGCAUCUCCGUGGUCCCCUGAGGCACGUAUUCUUCAUAAGCAGCUCCAACAGCGACUUCACAAUGGCAGAGCCAGCAUCUUCUCCAUCAGCGCUGUUUCCUGUUGAACUUCAGUGAAGAUAGUUCCAAGAAUGUGAUGUGGGGGAAGUAAAUCCUAAAACUAAAA